GCAGUUUAGUUCAUCAUUUCCAGUCAAGCAGCCAUCUUCUCCACUCAAAGAGAAGAUUUUAAAGUGUUGCAGGAUGGCUGACUAUUCCAGCGUGGCUCCUCCGCAGAAUGCAGGGGGUGGAAUGAACGAUGCUUUUAAAGAUGCCCUGCAACGGGCGAGACAAAUCGCAGCUAAAAUUGGAGGAGAUGUGGGUGGUGCACCCCCUCCGCCAAGCAACGAGUUUAGUUAUGGAGGCCAGAAGAGGCCAUUGGAAGAUGCAGAUCAACCAGAAACAAAGAAAGUAGCUUCUCAGAUGGACCCGUAUGCAUCGAUGAUGGGGGGAAUGAGUGGUCCUCCAAGAUCUCUCUCUGAGGAUUUCAAGGUUCCAGAUGGGAUGGUUGGAUUCAUUAUUGGGAGGGGAGGAGAGCAGAUAUCCCGACUGCAGCAGGAAUCUGGUUGCAAAAUACAGAUUGCCCCUGACAGUGGUGGUAUGCCCGAGAGGUCUGUGACAUUAACGGGUUCCCCGGAUUCAAUCCAGGCUGCAAAGCGGUUGCUAACAGAGAUUGUAGAAAAGGGCCGGCCCGCACCAUCGUUCCACCAUAACGAUGGCCCAGGGAUGUCCGUUGAGAUUCUCGUCCCUGCGUGCAAAGCUGGACUUGUCAUAGGAAAAGGAGGGGAAACCAUAAAACAGCUGCAGGAACGUGCUGGAGUGAAAAUGGUGAUGAUUCAAGAGGGGCCGCAAAACACGGGGUUAGACAAACCUCUCCGCAUCUCCGGGGAGCCUUUUAAAGUUCAGCAAGCCAAAGAGAUGGUGAUGGAAAUCAUACACGAUCAGGGUGGCCGGGAGCAGCGGAAUGAGUAUGGGUCCAGAAUGGGCGGGGGCGGGGGAGGGGGGGGAGGAGGAGGAGGAGGCGGCGGAGGAGACAUGGAUGUAAGUGAAGAGGUUCCGGUCCCAAGGUUUGCUGUGGGAAUAGUGAUCGGAAGGAAUGGCGAAAUGAUCAAGAAGAUCCAAAAUGAUACCGGUGUCAGGAUUCAGUUUAAACCAGAUGAUGGCUCCAUGCCGGAGAGGAUAGCCCAGAUAAUGGGGCCCCCUGACCGCUGUCAGCACGCUGCCGAGAUCAUCUCUGACCUGCUGAGGAGUGUGCAGUCCGGGGGCCCACCGGGACCCGGGGGCCGCGGCAGGGGCAGGGGCCAGGGCAACUGGAACAUGGGCCCGCCUGGGGGGCUGCCAGAGUUCGUCUUCACCGUCCCCGCCAUGAAGACUGGACUCAUCAUUGGGAAAGGUGGCGAGACCAUUAAAAGCAUCAGCCAGCAGUCGGGAGCCCGGAUAGAGCUCCAGAGAAACCCCCCUCCGGGUGCCGACCCCAGUCUGAAGAUAUUUACCAUCCGCGGCUCGCACCAGCAGAUCGACUACGCCAGGCAGCUGGUGGAGGAAAAGAUCGGAGGUCCAGUCAGCCCGAUGGGCGGUCCCCAUGGCCCCCCGGGCCCACAUGGAGGUCCCGGUCCACAUGGCCCACCAGGUCCGCCAGGGCCCCCUGCACAAAUGGGACCUUACAACCCUGGACCCUAUAACCAGGGUCCUCCUGGACCUCAUGGUCCACCUAAUCCUUACCCACCCCAAGGCUGGGGCAAUGGCUUCCCCCACUGGCAGCAGCAGGGACAGCAGGACCCCGGUGAGUGCAAGGCAGCAGCCGAUGCUAACGCCGCGGCCUGGGCGGCGUACUACUCCCAGUACCAGCAGCAGCAGCCCCCAGCUCCCAUGGCCCCUGCCAGCGCCGCCCCCGGCACGGCUCAAACCAACGGGCAAGGUGACCAGCAGGCUCCAGUUCAGAGUGGACAGGCAGAUUACACCAAGGCCUGGGAGGAAUAUUACAAGAAAUUGGGUCAGCAGGGUCAGCAGCCUCAGGACUACACCAAGGCCUGGGAGGAGUACUACAAAAAGCAAGGUCAGGCGGCCCCUCAGGCCGCUGCAGCUGCCGCCCCCCAGUCGGGGGGCCAGCCGGACUACAGCGCCGCCUGGGCUGAGUACUACAGGCAGCAGGCGGCCUACUAUGGACAGGGCAGCCCGCAGGCCAUGCCCGGGGCUCCCCAAGCGCAGCAGGUACUCUCCCACUAAGAGCUCCACCUUCGUCUUAUGUGUCGGUAGUGUGUGUUUCUCUGGCAAAUCUUUGUGUGUGCGUCUCUCUCAGUAAUGAAAUGACACGGUAUAGUACUUGUUCUGCACUAAUCAUUCCCCCUAUAGGUGUACCAGAACGCCACAGGAGCUGGCGCUUCUAGAACUAACUAUUCUUUCCCCCCCUAAGCAGGCUUUUUUUUUUUUCUUUUGUGAGCUGAAUAGAUGAUCUUGUUGUUAACUUCAUUUGUAUCUCUUAUGUAUUUCCUCUGCACAGGGCCAGUAAUGUGAAGUGGACAUAGAGUAUUUGCUUCCUUGUCGAAAAAACCUUUGUUAAAUGUUUGGAUGCAGACGCCUUGAUGAAGAUCUUAAUUUCUCUGGUAUAAAGUGUUUAAAAAAACAGAAAACAUGACAAACGCUCCGGAGGCAGUUUUUUUUUCUUGUACAAAAAUGAAUGGUUUGUUUUUAGUGUGGUGAUAGAAUUUUGGACAUUCCAGCUCCUGUAUUUCAUAUUGUGGUCAAUUCUCAUGUUUAUAAACUGUAGUAAUUUUCAUGUAAAUCAUCUCAGUUUUAAAAUUACAUGCCUGUUGUGUUUUGCAAUAAAACAAAAUGAAACCUCCUGUGUUGGUAAGUUGGGUGAGAAAGUAUGGGUUAAAUGAAAUCUUGCAAGUUCCCUGGUAGACAGAAAGCCUAAAUGCAGACUUUUCUUUUGACUGUCCAAAUUUGCUGACUGAAAGUUCCGGUAUCCCGUCUGUCUUCAACGUUUCCAGUGUGGCUCAUGGUCUUAUUUUGAAUGGUUUUGUUUUAGACUGGUUUGAGAACUGCUUCUUGUGAAUUGCAGGGACAACCGAGGCCCUCGUUUCCGUAACCGACUUAGUUUAUAUAUACAUAUAUUUUUAAAAAUCAAUGUUCUGCUAGCAUUUCUCUUUAUCGGCAUAGGCCUAUGUAUCCGCCUUGUAUGGCCUUGAUUGCAAGCUGUGUGACACAUGCAAUAACCUAGUACUGUAGUGUUUGAUUGUACUGUACUUUACCCUGAUCUCUAUGUGAGGAAGGCUGUACUGUUCAUAAUGAGAACAACUUCUUCCCUCACAGGCAAGGUUAGAAAUGCGGUAAGCAAGCAUUUUUAAAUGUUCCCUGAAAUGUGACUCUGUUACAGACAUUUUAGUUGGUCUGUUGCUUUUUUUUUACAGCACAGGUAAAUGUGUUCUAAUUGAUAAUUCUUUGCAAAGUACUGAAUUGUUCUUCCCAUUUUAACAUUUUAUAAGCCAUUGUUUUUUUGUAUAUAUUUGCUGGCUUCUCUCUCUUUUUAAAAAAAGAAAUACCCUAUGAUUAAAACAUUAUGAAUGCAAAAUCGAUUUACUUUUGCCAUUGUCUGUGAACGUGCAUCCAGCAUAGGCCUGUAGGUUUUUAGGGGUGAGGACGCGUACGCUGUUCUUCACCCGCGAUUUGAGCCUUCGUGGGGCAUUACCACUGUAAGUACAAAUAUUGAGUCGUUUCCGAAACAACCGGUUCCUGUUUCUCUUUCAAUGCAUUUCUUUGAGAGAAAAAUGAACAAUUCCCAAUUGUUUGAACAAAAAUUGUUGGAAUUUUUGUAGAUUGUUAGGUUGGGUAAGUAUCAGAAAUAUUCCCCCAAAAUAUUGCGUGCAAUUGCAAUUGCUGACAAGAUUCCUGAACUUUAAAGUAAUACCUGUUAAAGUUCUGGAUUGUAUAGUUGAUCUUGCCUUGCCGUAACCACAGUGAUGUGUAUUUAGACUGUCAAGCAACUGAAAACCUGGCAUUGUAGUUCUGUUUCUUUUAGACUGCCUCUUAUGAGAGCUUGCAGGUCUGUCUACUGUUUCGAACACCGAAAUGUGAGUUGACUCAUGUGAGCCUGUUCUGUCGAAUUGCGGAUUGAUACAUGUACAGUUUCGUAGAAUCUGUUUGCAGGGAAUGCUGAAUUUAAUGCAAUUGAAAGUAUUUCACCAUAAGUCCUAAAAUGGUUGCGAACAAACCGAGAUCACCAUGUUCCAAUUUCAAUGUCGCUAAGCCUCAUUCUCGUGAGUUCUCCGUUCACCUGCAUAAAUUUACACGUCCAGCUCAUGUUCUAGCAUGUGAAGUUGUCUCUGUCGGUAUACUUAUUCCGCAUGUCGUACUUCAAAUGGUUAGGUAUGUUGAAAGUGCAAAACGUUGCGCAUUGAAUUGAUCACAACCUGCCUGAUAUGCCAUUACGUUAUAGAGCAUUUUUUUGUACUGGCGGCUGUUGUCUUGAGUUUUUACUGAUUGCAAACAGUGCAAUAUUUAAUUUUUGCAGUGUCACCCAGACCUUGCACCUUAGGUUCUGCUGCAGUAAUACAGGUAAGCAUAACCUAAGGACACCAGUGUUUGACCUGUGAAUGAUCUGUUUCUGACUUGCCUUGUCGAAGUAACAGUGAAUGUAGACUGCAAUGUGUAGGACAAGUUAAAGUAAGAGGUGUCAAUCUCCUUGAUCAGUGUAUUGCGACUGCUAGAAAAACACAUAGCAGCAGCCUUCAUGUAUUCAGUUCAGGAAUGUGAUGUGCAUGGCAGUUGAAUUGUGUACGUUAUUGGCCGUUAGUUUGACAGAAGCCUGUAAAAAAUAUACCGUUAAGACCGAGCGUGAUGAUUGGCUAGGUUUUAGGAUUGUGACCUACAUAUUUUUCAUAAUUGGAUCAGUAUGUUUUUUUUGUACGAUUUCAUGUAGAUCAGCUUGUCCAUGAUAAAAGUGUAUAGUACAUUCAUUAGCUCCUGGUAAGUCCAAUUCUGUGUUGUGUGACUCUGAUGCAUAGAGCUGUAGGCAUUGCUUUCUCUCCUUAAUGUCACUGAGACGUACUGCAUGCAGUAACGAGCUUUCAGUAAAUAAGGGUAGCCCUGUGCUUAUUAAUGAUGUAUCCAAAGACCGUACAAUUCAUGACCAUGCUUGCCACCUGUGAUGUAGUUUGAUGCCCCGUUUCUGUAGUGCCUAUCUUUUAAAAAUGCUGCCUUCAUUUUCACACACAGUGUUGAAGAUGCUGCAAGCAUAGGUCGUAGAAUCAGGCCGUGAGCUAGUUUGUCCCUAAGGAAGAAUCCUUUGAAUCUUUUCCGCUGGUGAACGUAGACCAAUCAAGCCCUCCAGUUCUAAGGUAAUCUUGAGGAACUGUUGUGAUUGCAAAAGUGAUGAUGAUGCUGUAUGUUCAGGGACUGUGAUGUCAUCAACUUUGAACUCAAAAGCUUGCUAUGUAGUCUAAAUUGUUAUGCCAUAAAACGUUAGUGUAUGAUUUAAAUCCAGUAAUCCCAGCAGUUAAAAAUCGUCUGCAUCUGCUUUUCUCCUGACAAUUACCAAAUGGGGUUUCGAUAUUCACGUAAAUGCUUUUGUUCGAUUUAGACCGUUAGGCACUUUUUUUUUGUCUGUGUUGACUUCAUCAGCAACAGGAUGGUUUUUGGCAGUAAAUUGGAUAGUUUAAGGUGUCUGUAUCAAUCUAAUCUUGCAAGUAAAUUGUUGCCCAUUUGGGUGUGCAUAUAUAUAUAUAUAUAAAUUCAUAUGCAUGAUAUGCGAUGAGAUGGUGUUUCCUUCUGAGGGACGUGUUCUCAACAGAAUAUUCGUGGGGGUGUAUAAAAGAAGACAAAAAGAAGCUUAACUGAGAAAUAUGGAAAAGGGGGAGCAUGCAUUAGAGGUAAACAAAAAUCUGCAAUGUGCUGUGUAUAUUUUUUCAUGUACUUUUUAGAAAUGCCUGUUCAGAUUAACUGUAAUAUUGUUCCCAUGUUAAAAAAUAAAUUUGUAACGAUGAAUUA